AUGGAGCAGUCUCUGGACGGCUUACACAUUCGUGUGAAGGAGGAAGAUGGGACAGUGAUCUUUGAGUCUUAUAUACCUCCUUCUCGGGAUGCUAUCCACCUGCCUACAUAUGUCCUAUACCUGCUUAUAGCCGUCUUGAUUGUGGUGGGUGUUCUUUAUGCCAUCAUCGGGCACCUCAUCAAAGACCUCAUCCAUGACUGUGCAGAUUGGAUGUUUGGGGAGCAGCCUGAAGAAGUGGUGGUGAACUACUGUGAGGCCAAGGAUAAAUUCAUGGCCGACUGGUGCCCAGAAACCUCGCCUGAACUGGAGGCGAUGGCGCGGGCCGAGGAGAACAAGAUCAUUGACAGGGACUUCAUGAAAGCCCCUGUCAUCUGGAUCAUCAGUACAGAACCUCGGGGGUCAAGGACGGGACCCCGUGUGGUCUUUGGGAAGAGGUCAAAUGAAUGAGGAAGAUGAAAUCAGAUCAGAAAUGUGCUGUUGCUGUUGAACUUUUGUAUUUGGUGUGAAUGUCCGGAUACUAAAAUGACUGAGAGAUGAAGUGAAUGACUGUAACGAAACGUUAUUGUGUAAGGCUGAAAAGGUCUUAUCUCAUUGUAGGAAUGGCGAGUAGCUCUGUCUCUCUAGGCGCUCUGUAAAUGCAAGGUCUCAUGACGACAUCUAGUGUCUGUUGAGGUAACUGCAGCUGAUUUGCACACAUGAAUCUUAUCCCACACACAAAGGCAAGCACAAAGUUGAGAUUAAAGUAAGAGAUGAACAAAGAUUACAGAAAGACUAUGAACAGGCC